AUGUUUGGUCAAGUGGUAAUUGGACCACCAGGUCUGGGUAAAUCAACAUAUUGUCAUGGAAUGUAUCAAUUCCUUUCAGCAAUUGGAAGAAAACUGUGUAUAAUAAAUCUAGAUCCUGCAAAUGAUAGACUACCAUAUCCAUGUGAACUAGAUAUACGAGAUUUCAUAGAUCUAGAAUCUAUAAUGGAAGAAUUUGAACUAGGACCAAAUGGGGGAUUAAUGUAUGCAUUAGAACUGUUAUCAAAUGUUGGAAUAGAUACAUUUAUGGAACAACUAAGCAAACUUUUAAAAGAAAAGAAUUAUAUUAUAUUUGAUUGUCCUGGACAAAUUGAACUUUUCACUCAUCAUAACUCAUUAUAUCAAAUUUUUCAACGGUUGACAAAAGAUUUAAAAGUACGGCUAUGUGUUGUUUCUUUAAUAGAUUCAAUCUACUUAACUAGUCCAUCUCAAUAUAUAUCAAUAUUGUUGCUAACCUUAAGAUCAAUGUUACAGUUAGAAUUACCUCAAGUCAAUGUUAUAAGUAAGAUAGAUAUGUUAAAGGGUUAUGGAUCACUACCGUUCAAACUAAAUUAUUAUACAGAAGUUCAAGACUUAGAUUAUUUAACUCCACAUUUAAUAAAAGAAUCCAAUUCAAUAUUGGGUCAAAAAUAUGUCAAAUUAACUGAAAUGAUAGCUGAAUUAGUAGAACAAUACCAUUUAGUUGCAUUUGAAGUAUUAUAUGUUGAAGAUAAAAAAAGUAUGAUUAAUCUACUAAGUAUAAUAGAUAAAGCUAAUGGUUAUAGUUUUGGAAGUGAAAUAGGUGGUGAUUCAAUUUGGAAUGAAGCAAUACGGCAAAGUGGUACAAAUCCUGAAGGUUAUCAAGAUGUUGAUAUUCAUGAAAGAUGGAUUGAUGAGAAAGAAAAAUAUGAUAAACAAGAAGAAGAUAAUAAACAAAGACAAUUAAAUGAAGGUGCAGCUGAAGGUGAGGAUGAACCUAUGAAUGAAGAGGAUGAAUGGGAAGCUGCUUUGAAAGAUUGGGAGAGUAAGAGAGGUGGCGAAGGAGCAAUGAAUAGGUGA